AAAAAUCAGAAAAAGAAAAUAAUAAUUAAAAGGAAAAAAAUAAUGGAGAGAGACACGCGCAGAGAGAGGGCAUAGGCCGCCGACUUACGUCGUCAGUCAGCCUUAUUAACGGCGUCGCAUCUAACAGUUCUUCUCUGUUUUCGUUGAGUUAGGGUUUUGUUUUUGGUUAUUGGCCUCCUUAGCCCUUUCUCAUGAAAAUCUUUACCUUACUAUAAUUCUAUCUAUUUCGCAGCAGCAGAGCCGUUUCAUACUGUAGAGUAAAUAAGGAAUUGGAAUUGGCUUUCUCCUGUGAUUUUAUUGAGGUCAAUGACCAUAUACAUGAGGAAUAUGUACAGAAUGAAAUCUACUAACAGCACCACUUGGUUUUGUUUGAUGACUUCAAUGGUUCAGUUUCUUUAAGACUGGUCAAAAUCUAGAUCUUUGUAAAUUUAGAUUAGAAGUUUUGGAUUUUAAGGUGUGGAUAGAUAUUGGUUUAGUAGGCAGAAAUGAAUGCAAAUAUCGCAAAGGCAUCGGAUGAUAAUCACAGAGUCACACUCUGCUUAAAGAGAAAGCAUGCAACCCAUUGUGCAUCAUAUUUUACAGGAGUUAACCACACUGGGUUGCCACAUUUAUCUGACUUGAAUAAGCCUGGCAAGAGAAGAAAAUUAGAAGGAUGUGAAAGCAGGUCUCAAUUUAAAAGAUCCUUGUGCAAGUCUUAUUCAAAUUUUAUGAGAAGUGGCAUCCCCAAACGUCUUAUGUUUCAUCAGAAUGGCGGAUGGACUGAUUUUUGUCAGGAUCUUGUUGAUUUGGUUAGGAAUGAAUUUCAAGUUAAAAAGGCUGUUGUUGAUGUUGAGUUUAAUGAUCAGCAUUAUCUGCUAGAUUUUUUGCACAUGAUAUGGCUGGACUUAAAAAAAGAUUUACAGCUACCUAUAGCUUGGAUCGAUGAAGCAGGGAAGUGCUUCUUUCCAGAAGUUUAUGCUGAUGAUGUUGAUGAACCUUAUGAAAAUGGGAAUAAUGAAGAACAAUUGUUUGUGGAGCCCUGCGAUUCUCAUGUGAUCAAGCUACAGGUGGAAAUUGAAAUAAAUGGACUAAAUAAUUCUGUUUUGAAGGAAUGUAGUGGGGAGUCAAAUGCUUUUGUUAAAAAUAUUCAGAUUGGUCAAGAACCUGCUACCGAAAAAUGUGCUGUGGAAGUUGAGGAUAGUUGCAACAGGGAUCCUGAUAUUGAAGUUGAUGAAGCUCUUGAUCAAGAGAUGGAGGCCAAAAUAUUGAGGGUGGCUGAAUCUGUAAAUAAAAAGUUAGAUUCUGAUACUGUGCGAAAAAUGUUUCUCAAGGGAGUAACUGCUUUUGGCGAUGUAGAUAUAAGUGAGAUAUAUCAAUGCUCAGGGGCUUCCUUGCAAGCUCGGUUUGACCUGUUCCAGAAGCAGGUUGAAAUUACGAGAAAUCAUCGUGGUGAUGCAAAUGUACGCUAUGCUUGGCUUGCUUCAUCAAAAGGGGAACUCUCUACUGUAAUGAUGUACGGGCUUGGUCAUUGUGGACAAUCGGCAAUUAAGUCUAUAUGUGGCAUUGGUGUUCAUCUUACAGCUGCUAGCUACUCUGAUGCCAGUGCAAAUUAUUGUGAUGUUGACGAAAAUGGAGUACGGCACAUGUUUUUUUGUCGUGUAAUAAUGGGAAAUAUGGAACUUAUUCAUCCUGGAAGUAAACAAUUUCUUCCCAGUAGCAGUGACUUUGACAGUGGAGUAGAUGAUCUUCAGGAACCAAGACAUUACAUAGUCUGGAAUACCAAUAUGAACACUCACAUCUAUCCAGAAUAUGUGGUUAGUUUCAAGGUUACAGCCAAUGCUGAAGGGGAUCUGGCUGGAAGUGAAGGUAAGCAUGAUGUUUCAGGGGUUACAUCUUUCUGUCACCAGACUCUAGGCCGGUCAGUAUUAGAGACAUCUGCAGUUUAUGCUGGAGGUGGUAUCCAACGAAUUUCAGACUCUAGGAGAACUCAAGCAAGCAAAAGUCAAAUGAAUUCAGAUUCUGGGAAAUCCGAGGAAAAAGCUGCAAGUCUAGGGUCUUCUACAUCUUUAAGAGUUCCCAAAUCUCCAUGGAUGCCUUUCCCUAUGUUGUUUGCUGCUAUCUCAAAUGAAGUUCCUCCUAAAAAUAUGGAACUAAUUGAUACAUAUUAUAACAUAUUUAGGGCACAGAAGAUAUCACGGGCUGAUUUUGUCAAAAAGUUGAGAUUAAUAGUUGGAGAUAAUCUGUUGCGGUCUACAAUAGCAAAGCUUCAAUGCAAGGUGCCCAUGAAAUCCAAGAGUGAUUUGGAAGAAUCGAAGACAAAUAUAGAGGUUCGGGGUGCAUUUAAUUGAUAGCAGUUAAUUCCUGCCUUAGAAUGUUUGAUAAUAUGGAUUCUAAAUAAUUGCUAGCUUUUUUCCUGAAAAUGCGUCGACAUGAAGUUGAGAGAAUGUUACAUGAUGGUUCUGGUUGAAGAUUCAUAGGUUAAAAUUUUAGGUAAUACUGAAUCUCUGGAUGUUCCUUUUGUUAGUUAUGGCUUUUACUAGCUUUUCAUUUAUUUUUUUGGACAUGUUUUUACUAGCGUUUUGUUGAGAAACAGCUUGGUUUGGUGGUGAAUGUUCUUCUCUUUUUUC